AGCUUCCAUCCAUAGCCUAAGCAUUCUGUCUCGCGGUACCUUACAUUGUUAGUUGCGCCACUACAAGCACUUCAGCUGCCAUGUUUGGAAACUUCACCUCCUUCGCCGGCAUUCCGGCCAAGAGCAAGGUUGAUCCUAAGGACGUACCGCCUCCUACGCCGGUCACUCUUCCUCGCUUUCAACCUUUUGCUCAGGACGACGAUACCAUCGAUGAAUCGUCUGCGCUAUCUACUCUUCUCCGCAACACCGGAAGAUCAACAGCCGCUCUCGGUCCUUCGGGUUUCUCUGCCAUUGGUCUUAAUCUGAACCUCGAUGCCAAGCCCACAGACCUGAUUCCUGACCCUUCAUUCAUCCCGGAUUUCGAUAGUUGGGACAAACUGUCGCCAGAUGAAGCCCAAGAGAAGAAUCAGUCCACCCGGAACCCCCUAAGAAAUGGCAACCUCUCUCCUGGCUGCCAUGUGUACCUCGAACGCAAGAAGGAAUUGUCGAAUGUCAAUGAAGACGCCUUUCGAACAGUCAGAAGGCUUCCAGCCCCCAAAGGAAAGACACAGGCUCGUUUAGGGAAUGCCUAUGAGUUUUUCCGUUGCCUUGAAGCCUUUACCUCUUUUUGGGAUGACCCAACUCAGCCAUUACCGCUUCCUCCUUCCCCUGAAGCCUCUCCCGAAGUUACUUCGUCCGGCGAUGCUGCGAACUCGGGGGACGCAAAACCUGCGAGUCCUAAGCCAGAUGAGAGCGCAAACUUCUUCAGAACCAGCGCUGGAUCAUCUAUGCCACUUGAAUAUCGCAAUAACCUGAUAACAUCAUUCAUCAAACUUGUUGCUUAUGACUUUGGGUGCAACGUCUCGCCUUCUCGAACCGAACCACGACUUCACUUCAGUUCACCCCAAGGAUCUGGUUCUCGCAAAUCUUUUUGCCCCUCUGGCUGCCUUUUUAUAUUUCAGAGUCCCACAACCCGUGAAGCCGCUCGUGCAGGUGUGGUCCACGGGCCUGUCGCCGCCGUCAGUGCCAGAGGUACAACUGACUUCACUCAACCUGAUCCUGAGACUGCGCAAUCACUCGACCUCGCUCGAGAGAUCGUAGCAGCUCUUAUUACAGCGCAGCAUCGCGCACGUGAAGGAAAGACUGAGAAGCGAUUUGGUGAGGGAGAAUGGUGGACGACCAAGAAGCGCUGGGGAGGCGGUCCUGGAGGGCCCAUAGGACGCGAGAUCGAAAAGGACCUGGUACAAGGCGACAAGGACGCGAAACCUAGUGACGAGAACGGUCUUCCGAUGCCACUCGCCAAGAAACCUCGCAAAAACAUGAGUAUCUACGACAACUAUCGCAUGAUUCGACCUCCAUCGUCGACUUGGGACAAGAAGGCUCAAUACGAAGCCAUUGGGAGGCGCAAGGGGGCCAACUAUGACGAUAUCUUUGUAGUGAGCUCGUUGUUUCACCAUAUCUCGGUCAUCCGUGUCAGAGUACCUAAUCGGCUACUUGAGGCUCUGGAAGGGGCACGGGAGCCAGAUGCAUCCAGGCGAAGUUGGGGUAAGGUUGAGGCUUGGAGGAGCCCCUGGUACGAUUUAUUUGAUACCACACAACGACUAGCAGCUAUGAAACUAGUGUGGGUGAUGAUGGCUUACCAGAUGAGAAAAGAUGAUGUCUCUGAUGGGGACGUUGAUAUGACCAAUGCCUAAGCUUAUUUUGAGGUGGGCCAUGGGUUUGGGGAAACCUCAUUCUUGCUUGCAUUAGUAUAUCGGAUCUCAGCAUGAGAUGUCAGCGCAAGGUUCAGGAAAGACUAAGAUGGCAUAGUUGCCUAGUUGGUUGAUUACACGCAUACAUAGGGUAUCCAUACAUAACAUACAUUAACCAGGGUCACAUUCCCGUCUCCAGUUCCGAUUAGCUUGGCUUUUUCUAUCAAUCAGACACCCUUGAGGAAGAGGGUUACAAUGAGGCGGCAGCUGAGACUAGGACUUCUAUCACCUGCAGAUGUUGCAUGGAUUUAUCUGGUAAGUAACUCUGGCUUUACCUUGUAAUCGUCGUCACGCCAUCAGGGGUUCG